AUGUUCAGUCUCCCUGCAGCGUGGUGUUUGUUGGUUGAUUGGUGCAUUGCGGUAUGCUCCAUCAUCGCUGUUGUGAAUGUGAGAAGAAACCUCGCAACGGAAGCCAGUUGUGUACGACUUCCAGAUGACAAAAAGAGCAAUGACCAACCAUGCGGUAGCCCUAUUACGCCCACGACAGCAAAGUCGGACGGAACAGAAGAGAUACUCAAUUGCUACUUUUUUCCCGGGUCGGAUGAAACCGCUGUGGACAAGCAGGUUGGAAAACCGUCAAGAUCCUCUCCACUCACCCAUCGUGCCCCAACAUUCCUAUACAUCAUGUUCCUCUUGGGCGGUAUGAUGGCGUUUGCCAUGAUCACAGCAAUCGUCCUAGUCGCCAUCCCACAACCGACGUAUGCCCUCGCGACAGCGCAGGUGUGCGUGCAUGUUUACUAUUGCUUAGCACUCUGUUAUAUGUAUGCAGUUCCAGGAUAUCUGGAAAGUUCGACGACAAAGUUUAAUGUUCUGGAAGUAAGCUCGUAGUAGACUUUGUAAUCUGCGACGUAAUUAAAACAAGGUCGAUGCAGAUCUUCUUCCACGGCAUAUUGACCACAGCGCACAAUAGAAAACGAGGAACAGCUGUAGCCUGAGGAGACCACAAGCACGGAUUC